AUGAAGAAUCUCGUCAUCUUCUUUACCACAGUCCUUGUAUCAACCGUUGCGAUUUCCCAUGUCGCAGCAACACAGGAAGAGAACUGUCGACCCCCCCCCCCCCGCCACUGGCAUUACCACGGCGGCGGUGUCAGGCCUUUCCCGGUGGACCCACAAGUCCAAAAAUGCUUGAGCCAUUCCAAAGAGUUCGGAACCUGUCUCAGAGAGAUCCAUGAAUCUUUCGUCACUCGUAAGUGCGCUCUCGGACAAGAUUGCUGUCACGCUGUUCAGAAGAUCGACGAGGAUUGUCAGAAAACUGUUUUCGGUCGUUUCCGCAGUAAGUUCUUCUUUUCUUUCCUUAAGCAAUACUGUGCCCUCAAACACGCUUCUUCCCCUCCGGCGGAGCCACCGCAACCGGAUCACGACGGAUCCGCCGUCGGAGCUCCUCCGCCACUCUCCGAUGACGGUGGAGAAGCUCCGGCACCAGAGAUUGCCGACGUGGACCAAGCUCCGGCACCGGAGAUUGCUGACGCGGAGGCUCCGGCACCAGAGAUUGAUGACACAGUGGCUCCAGGACCGGAGAUUGCUGACGUGGAGGCCCCAACACCAGAGAUUGAUGACACGGUGGCUCCAGGACCGGGGAUUGCUGACGUGGAGGCCCCAACACCAGAGAUUGAUGAGAUGGUGGCUCCGGGGCCGGAGAUUGCUGACGUGGAGGCUCCGGCACCAGAGAAUGACGAUGGAACAUCCGACGGAGCAUCACCGCCGGAGAUUGACGAGGGAGCAGCUCCGUCACCGGCAUAG